AAAUUAAAUCCAUAUGUCAUGAUUAGUUUUUUUUCUAUUAUUACAAUUGUGCUUUUCAGGUUAGAUUUGAUAUAUUCCAUUAAUUUUACAGAGAAAACUAUUUUAUUUUUUUAAACUUUGAAAUGAAACUUAUUUUUAACGGAGACUCGAAAAUUUCCUUAUGGUUUAAUCCAAUCUUCAGGAGAUAGCUUUCACCAAUGCUAUUUGCAUUGCAAUGGAUAGCAAAAAAGACUCUGUAGAACAAGAUUCCAUACAUUCCCUUCACGAUAAAGUAGAGAAAUGGCUGACGACUUACUUCAAACGAGGAGAAGUAGCUCUAAGAAACACAACGGAGGAAUGCUGGGUAAUCAUCAGAGGGAUUGUGAGGGAUGUGACGCCAGUGGUGCAGAAAUAUAUCACCAAGAGCUGUGUUCGCCCAGUCCUCGCUGAAGCCGGCAAGGACAUAUCCCAUUGGUUCGACAACAAAGGAGAACUGGUCACGUUCGUCCACCCGAUCACGAUGGAGCAAGUUCCUUACUUACCUCACGGUCCUAUACCCCAACUCUGCGAGAACUACUUACCGAGCCCCUUCUGGUUUCCAACCCCAGUCGUACCCUGGUGGAAGGACAAGCGUCUCUUCGUCGGACGGCUGACUGCAAACGAGAGGCCAAUCAGGGUCCGCAACAUGCUUACGAAGAUGGAGGCUAGCUUUACGGUUUGCGAAGAAGACCUUAUUGGUGGAGGUAUAGCGGCUCGUUACAAAGUGUACAACUCCGCUUACAACUCCUACGUUUGGAAAUUCGAGGGUAGAAAUGUGGACAUGGACAGGACUCUAACCCAGAACGGCAUAGAGGAUCUUCGGCCAGCAAUGAGAGGUGUCCAGUUACCUGAGUGUCUCUACAUUCCCUGCCUCGAUCUCUACUACAAAGACGAUUUCCUUUGAACGGGUGUUUUUUCAUUUCUUUUAUCCGCCGUAACAAAAAUAUUGAUUGAAAUAAAUAAAAAGUCAUGAAUUUUACAA